ACUGACCAUGGCCACCUUCGUGGAGCUCCUCACCAAGGCCAAGAUGCCCAUCGUGGGCCUGGGCACCUGGAAGUCUUCCCAGGGCCAAGUCGAGGAGGCCGUGAAGACAGCCAUCGACAUAGGGUACAGACACAUCGACUGUGCUUUCUUCUACGGGAACGAGAGCGAGGUGGGCGCGGCCAUCCAGGAGAAGCUCAAGGAGAAGGUGGUGAAGCGCGAGGACCUCUUCAUCGUCAGCAAGCUGUGGCCCACCUUCUUCGAGAAGCCCCUGGUGAAGGAAGCCUGCCGGAAGACCCUUAACAAUCUGAAACUGGACUACCUGGACAUCUACCUAAUACACUGGCCUCAGGGACUGCAGCCCGGGAAGGAAUUUUUCCCUAAAGAUGAUAAAGGCAAUAUCCUCCUCAGUAAAACAACAUUCUUGGAUGCCUGGCAGGACAUGGAGGAGCUGGUGGACGAGGGGCUGGUGAAAGCCAUUGGCGUCUCCAACUUCAACCACUUCCAGAUUGAGAGGCUCUUGAACAAGCCCGGACUGAAACACAAGCCAGUGACGAACCAGAUCGAGUGUCACCCAUACCUCACGCAGGAGAAGCUGAUCCAGUACUGCCAGUCCAAGGGCAUUGUAGUCACCGCCUACAGCCCCCUGGGCUCUCCAGACAGACCUUGGGCCACACCAGAGGACCCUUCACUGCUGGACGACCCAAAGAUUAAGCAGAUUGCUGCAAAGCACAGGAAAACCCCUGCCCAGAUUCUGAUCCGGUUCCAUAUUCAGAGGAAUGUAGUUGUGAUCCCCAAGUCAGUGAACCCAAAACGCAUUGCAGAGAACUUCCAGGUCUUCGGCUUCCAGUUGAGCAAGGAGGAGAUGGAGACCAUACUCAGCUUCAACCGGAACUGGAGAGUCUGCGCCAUACAGGAAUUGGCCCAUUUGGACGAUUAUCCUUUCACCGCAGACUAUUAAUGGUGGGCCUUCCUGAUUCGAUUCUCUUGCUUCGGCUUCCUGAAUUGUCACUCUCUGCACCAGGCCCUGCAUGAGCCAGGCUUACCUGACAUGACAGGGAGCUCUACCUGCUGUCUGCCAGGGUCUGGGCCACAUCCCCUAGCACAUGGCAUGUCCACCAAGGAGCAGAUAAUCUCAAGGAAGCAAGACUCAGAUAGGCAAAUGAUGAUCUUUUUAUUCAUUUAUUAGAUAAAGAAUUCAUUACACAUCGGAAGUUCUGCUCACACUGAUAAUACAAAGACACAAAGAAUAAAGACUGAAAGUCCUAUCUCA